AUGGGGCGAUCUCGGUCAGAAUCUGAAGAAAGAGGCCGGAAAUCGAAAAAGGAUAAAAAAUCCAAAAAGGAUAAAAAGCGAGAUGAAUCAUCUGAUGAAGAGUCGGUUGAACGAGUGAAAAAGUCGAAGAAGGAGAAGCGAAAGAUCUCCAGCGAUACCUCACCCUCUCCUCCAAGAAAGAAAUCAAAGAAAUCGAAGAAGAAAAAGUCCAAAAAGGAGAAAAAGUCGAAAAAAGAAAAGAAGAAAAAACGCUCGAAGUCGUCUUCGUCUGAAGAAGACUCUUCCGACUAUUCUGACUCCUCUGAUGACAGCUCAGAAUAUGAAUCGUCUGAUGUCGAAUCCGAAAAGAGCGUCAAGAAAUCGAAAAAGUCGAAGAAAGACAAAAAAGAAUCCAAGGAACGGUCUAAAUCUUUCCAGAAAGAAACUUCAUUUGAUAAAGCACUAAAAGCGUUCGCUAUCGAUAGAGGGAUCAAGAAGUCAGAAAUGGAACGCACAGUGAAACUCGAGCGGAAACGAAGCCCCGAGAAGCGCCGUGAAAGAACUCCAGUGAAGCCGAAGCUUGAACGGCGAUCUUCUCCAGAUCGUCGACGGGACGACGACCGACGCGAUUCCAGAAGAGAUAGAAGUCCUGAUCGAAAAGAACGCACGGACUCCCGCACCAAAGACAGCAGAGGUGACCACAAUCAACGAAAAGAGCGAGAAAGAAGCCGGGAUCGUUCCGACUCGCGAAAAGAGCGAGACCGCCACUCAAAUGGAAGCGCGAGGGAUCGAGAUCGAAACCGAUCUGAUAGCCAGAGAUCAAGGAACGAGCCUGUUCACUCUAUGGAGGUUGCAAAAGUUGACGAUAGAAACAACGGCGGGCGGAAAAAGAACGGAGCCGACGAAUGGUCGAUUGCGCAGGAGAUUUCAGUUGAGCCUGUUCGUCUUGCAGAAGACUUCGCAGAUCCCGACAGAGAGCCGCUCGAGACUGCGUACGGCAUUCAGUUUCCUCUUGAUUUCUUCCGCCUCUAUGAGCUCAUGUGCAAGCUUUCUCCGCACGAUCCUCUCACUUCGUUCAGCGUUGUUGGUCUUAUCGCAGUCGGACCGUUUGAAGAGCUUCAUAAGAUGCGCCGAUUCGACGGGUAUUUACCUGACCCUGAGUGCCAGAUGAAACUCAGCCUCCAACACAGAUACUACUUCGAUCCACCAGAAUUUCAGACGCUUUUCAUUUCCAACAAAGAUGCAUUCCAUCUUGGUUACUGGCGAAUCAGCCCGGAUCAAAUGCCUGCCUACGUAGUUGGAAAUGCAGGGAUCAACAAAGUCGUUACUUCGGAGGGUUCAAAUCUUUUCUCGGCUUUCAAAAACUAUAUCUGGAUGAAACAAAGAAAAUCAUCAAGAACUGGUGCUUCGAACUUGAAGAAAAUCUACGACGAGGUUGCCAAAUUCUGCGAGGAAGUUCCUGACAUCAAUUCUGAUCGUAAAAACGACGAGCUCAUCAAAAAGAGUUUUCAGGUCGAGGCUAAAUCUGCGCAUGCAAUGGGGGUUCUAGUCCCGUGGGACUUUCAUUCGGGAGAGUUUAUCCAAACAAGAAUUUCCAGAAAAGCUGGCUACGGUCAUAUUGGGUACACGCUGGAUGAAAUUGAGCUCAUGUUUUCCAAUGUCGUCAACGCGAUCGACGAUGUUUCACGAAUGAAAGCGAUGAAGCCGUUCGAUACACUAGCAAGUCGUAUUGUUAAUGAGGAAGACGGAAAAGUCGAUGGAGCUAUUCUUGGCAUGGAGUUUGGACUCGAUCUUUUUGCUUAUGGAUCCGAACAUCUCCAUGCAAUCACGAAGAAAGUAUUGAUGCAUUCAUAUAAUGCGCUGAGCCGCGGCUUGUGGGCACAAAUCUUGGAUCUUCAUCUCGAUGAUCGGCGUAAAAACGACUACCACCGGUCCGAUGUCGGUCGGGAUGGACGCAUUGUCAGACAGAAAGUCGUUCCCCCGCGCACUCUCCUCGAGCAAUUGAAAGGAAGACGAGGCCCUCGCGAGUUCAAAGGCGGCGCCGCGGAUUGGAACUGA